CUCACAGCCCAAAAGGCUCUGCAGCAGCGCUGUCGCAGUUACGACGCCGUCAGCUAGUCCACACCCUCGCUGAGGGCCAAGCUACUCGCGCUGCAACUGAAAUUCGUGCACGGCGAGCACCGCUGCGCCGCAGAGACGCUGCAGCAGAUCAGGCCAGCAGCCUGCAGCCGAAGCCAUGGCCGAACCAACGCAAAAGCGCUCCCGCGACGCCGACGCCGACGCGACGGAGGACGCGAGCCACCGGGAGAAGAAGAUGCGCGAGUCGAUCAAUGGCGCAGCGGCCGAGCUGCUAUGCCCGAUCACGCUAAAAUUGCCGAUUCAGCCCGUCAUGGCUGAAGACGGCAAGAUCUACGAGGAGAAAGCUAUCCGCGACUGGUUCGCGAAGAAACGAGAGAGAGAGGAGCUUCCGACCAGCCCGAGCACGGGCGCCGUCAUCGGCACGAAAUUGCUGCCCGCCGUGCAGGUGCGGAACACCAUCGAGUCGCUGAUUCAGACCGGCGCCAUCGAGGGCGAGCUCGCCGAGGCCUGGCAGAAGGACUCGGCGAAGAAGCUGGCGGAGGAGACGUGGGUGAAGGAGAUGCGCGCGAAGGCAGAAGGCGGCGACGGCGACGCUAUGUAUUGGCUCGGCCUGGCGUACGAUACUGGUUCAAAGGGCCUCGCGGAAGACGAGGCGCAAGCCCGCGCGUGGUACGAGCGCAGCGCGGCGGCCCGGAACCCGAAAGGUCUAGGAAGUUUCGCUGAGUGUCUCCUGACGGGCGCCGGUGGGUCCCAGGACAUUACGCUCGGGCUCGUGAUUGUGACCCAGGCGGCGGAGCUCGGCUCAGACUUUGGCGCGUAUGCACUUAGCGAAGCGUUUUUCUUUGGCAAUUACGGCCUGCAGAAGAACUCCGCUCAGGCGCGGUUCUGGCUGAAGAAGGUCGUCGACGGCGAGUGCAAGUUCAAGAACCUGCACAAGGACCAUGUUGCCCUCGCGGCGAAUAUGCUCACGGUAAUGGACGCGCCGCGCCAGUCCCGCGAUGUGUAAGAAGUCACGG